UUAUCAGCUGAGCUCCUAAAGUAGGGCUGGUUGGGAAUUGGUCCUCGCUGAAGGAUGGCUUAUCACAGGCACGCAGGGCCUACCAGCUACACGGUGGGCACCAUGUCGGAGCGCUUUGAUUGCCACUAUUGCCGGGACAACCUGCACGGGAAGAAGUAUGUGCAGAAGGAAGGGCGCCACUGCUGCAUCAAAUGCUUCGAGAAGUUCUGCGCAAACACCUGCACCGAGUGCAAGAAACCCAUCGGGGCCGAUUCCAAGGAACUGCAUUUCAAGAACCGCUACUGGCAUGAGAACUGCUUCCACUGCUUUAAGUGCUCUGUGUCUCUGGUCAAUGAGCCCUUCAUGCUGAAGGAGCACAACAAAGUGUGGUGCAACAAGUGCACUAUGGAUCAGGCCCCCCACUGCAAGGGCUGCCAGAAGCCCAUCGUGGCAGGCGACCAGAAUGUGGAAUACAAGAAGACUGCCUGGCACAAGGAGUGCUUCACCUGCAGCCAGUGCAGGCAGGUGAUUGGCACCGCCAGCUUCUUCCCCAAGGAUGAUGAGAUUUAUUGCACCUCCUGCCAUGAGCAGAAAUUCACCAAGACCUGCAUAAAGUGUAAGCAGGCCAUCACCUGCGGAGGGGUCGCCUACCAGGAGCAGCCAUACCACUCUGAGUGCUUUGUGUGCGCCACCUGCUCCAAGAAACUGGGAGGGCAACGCUUCACAGCUGUGGAGGAUCAAUUCUACUGCGUCGAUUGCUACAAGUCCUUUGUGGCCAAGAAAUGCAGCGGUUGCAAGAACUCAAUCACAGGUUUCGGGAAAGGCACCAACGUGGUCAGCCAUGAAGGCCACUCCUGGCACGACUACUGCUUCAACUGCAAGAAGUGCUCCAUCCCGCUGGCCAACAAGCCCUUCGUCUUCCACAGCGAGCAAGUCUACUGCCCCACCUGCACCAAGAAGCUGUAAGGGGAGAAGCCAGGGGCAAAGGGGGCGUGGCCUCACCUCUUCCA